AUGGAUGGGCCAGGGGCAGAUGUGUGCAGCACCUUUGCUCAACUCAUGGCUGAGAGGAAGCCUCAGGACUUCUGGCUUCUGCACCCUCAGGAGAACCUGGUCACCGGGCACCUACACCGUAGUCUCCAGUACCGGCUGAAGGGGUUUUUGAGACACUAUCAGUGUAACAGGGACAUGGCCUGUGCUAUGGACCUCUCUACCCUGCAAGUCAUCCUUGGCCCUAUCUGGUGCUCCACCCAUGUGUGCUUUCUCUUUCACCUGUGAUGGGACAAGGAUCACCACUGGGGAUGUGUGAAGAUGCUCCUGUGGGGCCAGCAGUGCAGGCUGUACCCUCCAGAUGCCCCUGCGGACUGCCUCGUGAGCCCUUCCCACAUCUGGCCUCUCUGAGAGCUGGUCCUGCACAUCUUAUGGACCUGCUAUGGGGUCAACCCAGGGCAGGGCUCCAAGAGCAGUGCUAGGGAUGGCUGUGAGGCCUGUGAUCUGGGCGUCUGCUUCCUCUAGAGAGAGCCUGAGCCCAUCAGCAGGCCUCUGGUCAAGAAUAGGCCUUCUGGUCAAGUAUGCCAGAAAUCCCAGUCCAUCGUCAUUCCCAUCCUGGUGAUUGACUCCAUGGAGGAGCCCUUCUCUGAGGAUAGGGACCUUUUUGAUGAGGGUAACUCCAUGGUCACCAUUCCCUUCUCCCUUGUGCACAUCGCAGAUGGCCAUGAUCUUAUGCUCAGGGAGGUCAUUGGCCAGGGCUCUAUCUGCCUGGCAGGAAGCUCAGGAGCUGUGCCUGAGGGCCAGGGUAUCCCAGUGCACUUUGGGACCCCUACCUAACCCUGACCGGGCAGCAUCCUGGAGACCUUUGAGCUACCAUGCUUCCUCUCCAGGGGCCAGGGCUCCACACCCAACCUUGUUGGCAUUGCUAAGGAAGGCCCCAUCUCCUUCAGUGCUGGUUUCCUGGCUCCUGGGAAUGCCUUUCCCUCUGUGUCUUAUGUCAUUGGCCUCUCGGCCAAUGGGGAGGGCUCCAUUACUCUCCCCUUAUCUCUAACCAACAUUUCAGGGGCUGGGACAGCCUCACCCACAUCUUCAAGGGCAGGGGGAAGGGAGGUGAUAGCAGGGAGCAUGGGCUGUGGAGACCCCCAGCGCCAUGGCAUCAUCACCUUCCACCACUGCAAGAGGAGAUGGCUGAGAUCCGGGUCCAGCAGGUCCAUCAGCAAGGGAGGUGUGAGCCUCCUCAGGGCCUGCUGUAGGCCCCACUCUGAGCACCACCAGGACUUCUGGCUCUGGGUGUCUAUGACCAUCUGUGCCUUGUGGCCGUUCCGUAUAUUCAAGCUGAGCCUCGGCGGUCUGUAG